AUGUCUAGCAGUGCGGCUUCAGUGUUGUUCAGACAGUUCAGAGAACUCACAGACCCUAAGAAGGGUAUACCUUCUUUCCACAUCGAGCUCGAAAACAACAACAUUUUUCUCUGGAAUGUUGGGGUGAUGGUCCUUAAUGAAGACUCAAUCUACCACGGUGGCUAUUUCAAAGCCCAAAUGAAGUUCCCUGCGGAAUUCCCAUUCCAGCCCCCAAGUUUCCGUUUCACCCCUCCAAUCUAUCAUCCAAACGUUUACAAAGAUGGUAAACUUUGUGUAUCCAUUCUUCAUGCCGCUGGUGAUCCAACUUCCGAGGAACCUGAUGCGGAAACCUGGUCGCCGGUGCAAACUGUGGAAACCGUGUUGAUAUCCAUCAUCUCUUUACUUGAAGACCCAAACAUUAACUCUCCUGCCAACGUCGAUGCCGCUGUCGAUUGGCGCAAAAAUCGUAAAGCUUACAAUGCCCAUGUCAAAGCCGAGGUCGAACGUUCGAAACAAGAUAUCCCUCCAGAUUUCAUCAUGCCAACUGCAAACACCGCCUACAGUGGCACCAACCCACCCCACGAACAAAACGAUACCAUUGAUGAAAACUUCUGGUACGACUCUGACCAAAGUUAUGAAGAAGACUCCCUUAUGGAAGAUUUUGAAGAGGAUGAUGAAGAAGCUGAAGAUGAGGAAGAUGAAGAUAUUUCCGAGAAUAUCAAUAGCGAGAAUAAAUAG